GAUAUAUGAAUGAAAUUAAAAAAAUAUGAAAUUAUUAUCCAAAAAUAAAAAUAAUUUAAAUUAAAUGGUUCAAAAUAAAAAAUAGUUCAAAGUCUUCAAACUGAAUAGAACGUAACAGUAGUUCUACUUCUAGUAUGCAAAAAAUAAUAAGAGUAAUUGUUAAUAAAUAACAUCAUCCCCAUGAAGCAACAAUACAUUGAUACAAACAGUAAUUAACAAUGAAAACCCAAACAACUUUCUUCCUUCUCCUCCUUUAUACCAAUCUAACAUCCCUCUCUUUUGCUAGAAAUUUUCUUCCAAAAGGAUCUUCCUUAAAUGUCAAAGAUCCAUCUAACACUGAUAAUCUUCUCAUUUCUCCUGAUAAAACCUUCACUUGUGGAUUCCUCAAUACAGGAACAACAAAUGCUUACUACUUCUCUAUUUGGUUCACAAAUUCCAAACAAAAAACAUUUGUAUGGACAUCUAACAGAGAUAAUCCUGUUAAUGGCCGCGGCUCGCGCCUAACAUUAAGAAAAAAUGGUGUGAUGGUAUUAACAGACAUUGAUGGGUCAAUUGUUUGGCAAACAAACACAACAGGAUCAAAUGUUGAAAGAGCCGAGCUUCUCAAUACAGGAAAUCUUGUUCUUAGAAAUCAAACUGGUAAUAUUCUUUGGCAAAGUUUUGAUUUUCCUACUCAUACUUUGCUUCCUAAUCAAAUUUUUACAAAAACCCAGAAAUUGGUUUCUGGUAUUGGUCCUGAUAUGAUUGGAACUGGGUAUUUUAGUUUCUUUUUUAAUAUUGAAAGUGUGCUUAUAAUGAUAUAUGACGGUCCUGAAAUUUCUAGCCGUUAUUGGCCUAAUGUAGAGCUUUCUUUUUUAAAAAAUGGUAGAACAAUAUAUAAUAGUAGUAGGAUUGCUGUAUUUGAUGAUUUGGGUACAUUUUCUUCAAGUGAUCAGUUACAAUUUAGUGCUUCAGAUGUAGGAAUUGGGAUUAAAAGAAGGUUAACCAUGGAUUAUGAUGGGAAUUUUAGGGUUUAUAGUUUGAAUGAAUCAUCUGGGUUAUGGAGUAUAACAUGGGAAGCAAUUUCAAAAUUGUGUAAUGUUCAUGGUCUUUGUGGUAGGAAUGGGAUUUGUGUUUAUACACCAAAACCCAUGUGUAGUUGCCCACCAUUGUAUGAACCGAUCGAUUCAAGCGAUUCGAGUAAAGGUUGUAAGCCGAAAUUCAAAAGAAGUUGUUCAGAUUCUAGGUUUGUUGAGAUGCCUCAUGUUGAUUACUAUGGUUAUGACCUAAAUUCUAGUCUUAAUGUUUCAUUUGAAGGUUGUAAGGAACUUUGUGUAGGAGAUUGUAGAUGUCAAGCAUUUAAUUAUAGAGUAACUGGUAACGGAAUGUGUUUCACAAAAAGUGCCCUUUUUAAUGGAUAUAGGUCGGAUGAAUUUCAAGCGAGUAUGUAUCUUAGAUUACCAAGUGCUAAACAAACAUCAUUGAAAUCUGUUGAUGGGCUUAAUGUGUCUCGAAUUGAUUGUAGUCGAGGGAAAGUGUUAGAAUUUCCGAAAAAAUAUGAGAUCAUGAAUCAAAGAUUCAAAUGGGUUUAUUCGUACUCAUUUGUUAUUGCAAUUGGUACGAUUGAAGUAGUUUUAUUGUUAGCGGGGUGGUGGUUUUUGUUUAGGAAACACGAUCUUUCAGCUCCGAUGGAAGAUGGGUAUCAAGCACUUUCGAAUCAGUUUAGGAGUUAUAGCUAUAAAGAGUUGAAGAAAGCAACCGGGAAUUUUAAGGAAGAAGUUGGAAAAGGAGGGUUUGGGGCUGUUUACAAGGGAACUUUGGUUGAUGAUAGAGUUGUUGCAGUGAAAAAACUCGGAGAUGUAGUCCAAGGAGAGGAAGAAUUUUGGGCAGAAUUGAGUACGAUUGGUAAAAUUAACCAUAUGAAUCUGGCUAGAAUGUGGGGUUUUUGUUCGGAAAGGAAACACAGAAUGUUAGUGUAUGAAUAUGUACCAAAAGGAUCAUUAGACAAACACCUGUUCUCGAGCACAACCCUUCUUGGGUGGAAAGAAAGAUUCAAGAUUGCAUUAGGCACGGCCAAAGGCUUAGCUUAUCUUCACCACGAAUGUCUCGAAUGGGUUAUCCAUUGUGAUGUGAAACCCGAAAAUAUACUCCUAGACGAGAAUUAUGAGGCAAAAAUUUCCGACUUUGGGCUAGCAAAGUUACGUCAAAGAGGGAGUCAUGGUUCAUCGGAAACGACUAGAAUUAGAGGUACAAAAGGGUAUAUGGCUCCGGAUUGGGCAAUGAAUCUUCCCAUUACGGCAAAGGUUGAUGUGUAUAGUUACGGGGUUGUUAUCCUCGAGCUUGUGAAAGGGAUUCGACUAUCGAGUUGGGUUGAAUUAGAGGAAAUACCCGAAUUGGUUAGAUUUGUGAGAAUGGCUAAAAGGAAAGAAGAUUCUUGGGUGGAAGACUUGGUUGAUUCAAGAUUGGUAGGAAAUUUUAGCAGGAAUCAAGCUGCUAUAAUGAUUGAGAUUGGACUUUCUUGUGUGGAAGAAGAUAGAAACAAAAGGCCAAGCAUGGAAUCUGUUGUGCAAGCUCUUGUAGAAUGCUAUGGAGAUGAGAAACUAGUUGUGUAAAUUCUCGUAACUUAUGUAUGUUUUUAUGUAUACAUGUGAUUUUGAUGUAGCCUUUUAAUUUCAACUUCUAAUGUACUAAGUAAUAUAUCCACAUGUUUUGUGUAUGUUAGAAAAAGGAAAUGUUGUUAUGGUGUGACAAUUUGUCACAUAAUCACCUCAUGGAUUUAUUUAUGUGGACACAUUCACAGGGCACUCGUGGGCUUGGAGUCAUAAAUCCACGGGUAAUGAGCAUUGACUUGCAUAUAUAUUUGAUGGGGUUCACUAUUUACAAAAAUCAUAUGGUAGUAGGAGGAUUACUUACCAAACAUUAUAUGCAAGUGCAUAACAUAUUGUUUUAACGAUGUGGGAUCAUGUUCAUAUGUGAGACACAUCAUAUCCAAGAAUAAUGCCUACUACCAUAAAUAAUUAGGCAUGAAAAUAUUGUUUUACCCUGUACAAGUUAAAAUUGCUAUAUUUUGGGAUUAAGGAUUGACAU